AUGAUGCCUGAACAUAAAUCGUUUUUGAUACGUGAUUUACUAAGCGAUGUUAUCGAAGAGGAACAUAAUUCCGAUCGCCAUGACUACGAAGAAAAUUCAGAUGAUUCAUCAACUGAAAUCGAUGUGAACGAUUCACAAGAAUCAUAUCCAAUAACAUCUUCAAACCAUCUAUAUCAUUCAAAUUACGAUCGUUUAUCGCCACAAUCUACAACAUCACAUACUAAUAAUAACCAUGGAAAUCAUCAUCAUACCCAUCAUCAUAUAUCCUCGUCAAGUGAUAACUUGGUUGAUCAUCAUCACCAUCUGAAAGAUUCAACUCCACCAUCGUCAAAUAAUUCCAGCAAUAAUCAUAUAAGUGUAAAAGGUCGUAAGCCAAGACGUCGAAGAACAGCCUUCACACAUGCACAGUUAGCAUUUUUAGAAAGAAAAUUUCGAUGUCAAAAAUAUUUAUCAGUUGCUGAUCGUAGUGAUGUAGCGGAUGCAUUAAAUUUAUCAGAAACCCAAGUUAAAACGUGGUAUCAGAAUCGAAGAACGAAAUGGAAACGACAAAAUCAACUUCGAUUGGAGCAGUUACGUCAUCAGGCAACAAUGGAAAAAGAAUUAUUGUCUGUGAAUGGUUUAACAAAUAAUUCUUCGGCAGUUGGACCACAAGACAAUGGUACAUCAUGUUGUCCGACGGGUACCUUAUCAGUUCCAUAUCCUCCUCCAUCUCCAUGUAGUUUUCUAACAACAGCUGCAGCUAUUUUUAGAAACGUAACUUAUGUUCAUGGUUGCCAACUUUAG